UUUUUAAAUUUUUUUUCUGACCAAAAAAUUAUUUUGCAUUUGAGAAUUGACAAUCUCUCUUAUUAAUCACCACCACCACUUCCGGCGAACAUUACCUCCGAAUUCCGGCGACGCCACGCUUCUGACACCGUUGUGUUUCAGCGAGGGCAAGGUGCUUGAACAUCUGAUUUGUUUGCAAAAUGGUUUCCUUUGAGAUGAAUGAUCGAAAGAAGAUUGGAUUAGGGUUAACUGGCUUUGGUAUAUUUUUCUCAUUCCUCGGAAUUAUCUUCUUCUUCGACAAGGGAUUGCUAGCCAUGGGAAAUGUCCUGUUUGUUUCUGGAGUGUCCAUAACCAUUGGGCUAAAAUCCACUAUGCAAUUCUUCAUGAAACGAAGUAAUUUCAAGGGAACAAUCUCAUUUGGUGUUGGGUUCUUUAUUCUCAUCAUGGGAUGGCCUAUUGUGGGCAUGAUUGUUGAGGCUUACGGAUUCGUCGUUCUAUUCAGUGGUUUCUGGCCUACGCUGGCUGUUUUCUUACAGAAGAUUCCUGUUCUUGGUUGGUUGUUUCAACAACCAUUUGUUCGAUCGUUGUUUGACCGCUAUAGAGGCAAGCGAAUGCCCGUGUAACACAAGAAUCUAUGAAAACAUAAUGUAACUGGUAGCAACUGCAUUUGUAAGUCAAUGUAAAGAAAAUACUCGUAUGGAUAUCUAACUGAUUUGAGUUCACUUUUUGAUGGUAGAAAAUGAUUAUCAUUUUAUCAUGGUAGUCAUUUAGUGGAAAGGAAAUUUGCAAAAGAAAAAAUGUUUCAGUUUUCACUUUACUUUGCUUGGUGGAAAAUCAAUAGAUAUGGGGAGUGGUUAGUUCCAUCUUCGUGACUAUUCCAAUCAGAGACCUUUGGGAGUUGUCCCCGCCAAGUAUAAUGGUGGCUUUUGUUCAAACUCGUAAAAGGAGUAUAAUGGUUUUACAUUACAUGAUGUCAUUGCAGCAAUAUAGUUAGAGAACUACUUUCUUUCUUCCAUAUUUUUUUUCUCCGUAUCUUUAUGCUGCUAAUGUGAGAUGGAAUCGGUGGAACUCUGCAAUGUAACUUGCUCUAAAUAUUUUACCAUUUACUCCCAUGUCUUCUAUUUGUUUCUUUGGAAUUGCGUCUGUUUUCUUUUUAGGCUGAGUUGUGUUAUUCAUAUAACAACUCAUACAUUUAUACAUCAUUUUCUCUCUCU